GAGAGCAGCCGGUAGCCAUUUCACUGUCGCCAAGACUCCUCGGCUUCCUCCUUAGAGCGAAUCCCGGCCCAGCCGGGCCCGGGAUCGCCAUGGAGUCCGCGAUGGGCGCGGGCAUCGUGAUGGCUGAGGCGCUGCAGAACCAGCUGCCCUGGCUGGAGAACGUGUGGCUCUGGGUCACCUUUCUGGGCGAUCCCAAGAUCCUUUUUCUGUUCUACUUCCCCGUGGCCUACUAUGCUUCUCGCCGUGUGGGCAUCGCGGUGCUCUGGAUCAGCCUCAUCACCGAGUGGCUCAACCUCGUCUUCAAGUGGUUUCUGUUUGGAGACAGGCCCUUUUGGUGGGUCCAUGAGUCUGGGUACUACAGCCAGACUCCUGCCCGGGUUCACCAGUUCCCCUCUUCUUGUGAAACUGGUCCAGGCAGCCCUUCUGGACACUGCAUGGUCACAGGAGCAGCUUUCUGGCCAAUAAUGACAGCCGUCUCUUCUCAAGUAGCUGCUCGGACCCGCAGCCGCUGGGUAAGGGUGAUUCCUAGCCUGGCUUAUUGCACCUUCCUAUUGGCAGUUGGCCUGUCCCGGAUCUUCCUCUUAGCACAUUUCCCUCACCAAGUGUUGGCUGGCCUAAUAACUGGUGCUGUCCUGGGCUGGCUGAUGACUCCGCGGGUCCCUAUGGAGCGGGAAUUAAGUUUCUAUGGGUUGACUGCACUGGCCCUCAUGCUGGGUGCUAGUCUCAUCUAUUGGACUCUCUUUUCACUGGGCCUAGAUCUUUCUUGGUCCAUCAACCUAGCCUCCAAGUGGUGUGAGCGACCUGAGUGGGUACACUUGGACAGCCGGCCCUUUGCUUCCCUGAGUCGUGACUCAGGGGCUGCCCUGGGGCUGGGCAUUGCCCUGCACUCUCCCUGCUAUGCUCAGAUACGACGGGCACAACUGGGAAAUGGCCAGAAGGUAGCCUGCCUUGUGCUGGCCAUGGUGCUUCUGGGUCUCCUAGACUGGCUGGGCCACCCACCUCAGAUCAGCCUCUUCUACAUCUUCAACUUCCUUAAGUACACCCUCUGGCCAUGUCUGGUCCUUGCCCUCGUGCCCUGGGUUGUACAUAUGUUCAGUGCCCAGGAAAUACCACCCAUCCACUCUUCUUAACUUCUUGAGCCUCCUUCUGCCACUUCCCCUCCUCCAAAGCCAACACUCCAUGACCUCCACACUCCAGGAGGCAGUUCCAUCCCUGACAGCCCCCAAGCAAGCCCUGUUUACCCUGAAUUUCCUUUUUUUCCCUCCACCUGGUCUUAGCCCCAAAGAAGGGCCUUCAGUCUCCCAGAGGGGCUGAGCCUCCUCCUGCCUUUCCCCCCAAGUCCACAAAGAGCAAAGGCAACAGUAAGACCUGUGGGUUCCUGCAACACUGUGAGGGGAGGCUCAGGGGGUGCCCCAAUAAAGCCCUUGAAACUUCUGGA